ACUAGAACGUGGGCAUCCUAACCGCAACAAAAUCCGUCGAUAGCGCAGAUUGCUGUGUUCAGUUACGUAUUAAAAUACAAUGAUGAAGAAUGAUGAAUAGGAAAAGAUAGUCGGUAUCAACAGUAUCCGAGAACGCGAGUACGUGAUGGAUUACGUGUGAUCGGAGGUUCUCUCUGUUCGUGAUAUGAUAAUCGUCCAGAAGACGAGGAAAAUUGGCUCGUGGUGCUGUUCUAACAGCUGAUCAACGGAGAGAGGCAAGAGAGUCAGAAUCGUGGGGAAAAAUUAAAUCGUUCUGGUUGUGACUCGGGUGUCCGCGGCGAAACGAUGGCUGGAUUUGUGUUGAGGGUCAAAACGAAAUCAGGUCAGAAGGUCGUGAAUGGGUUAGUGCCCCAGGACAAGGUAUUCGAAUUGAAAUCGAAGCUGGCCGAAAUCACGGGCAUAGCAGUCGAUGCGCUCCACGUUCUCGGUGGUUUUCCACCGAAAGCGAUCAAUCUGAACGACGAGUCGACGACGAUCGAGAAGAGCGGCAUCGUCUCAGGGGACACUCUGAUCGUCGAGGAAAAGCCCGCCCAGUUCAACGGUGAACGAAACUCCGACGAGAUCGGUCGAUCUCACAUCGUCAACGACGAGAGUUUCGUCAAUACGCCCGGUGUUUUGAUGAAAAAAGACGUGCCUGCCGAUAACUCCUGCUUGUUUACCAGCGUCGGCUAUGUUCUUAAUGGUAAGGUUGAUCCCAGUUGUGCUAGUUUUAUGAGGGAAAUCAUAGCAAAUGCUGUGGCAGCGGACCCAGAGGAAUAUUCGGAAGCCUUCUUAGGUAGACCAAAUCUUGAAUAUUGUAAGUGGAUUUUGAAGCCGGAUUCUUGGGGAGGAGCUAUAGAAUUAUCGAUACUGUCGAAAUUCUACGGUCUGGAAAUAGCUGUAAUCGAUAGUAUCAAUGCGAUUAUCAACCGGUUUGGAGAAGAUCAACAUUAUGCUCAAAGAGUGUUUUUAAUAUUCGACGGAAUUCAUUAUGAUCCCUUGUAUUUGGAACCAUUAGAUUUGCAGGGUGGUAGUAUACAAACGAUUUUUCCCACAGAAGAUAAAAGGAUAUUAUUAGAGGCUGCAGAAUUAGCGAGAGAAGCGAAAUCUAGUCGUCAAUUCACGGACGUUCAAAAAUUCACUCUAAUAUGCAAUGAUUGCAAAGUUAAAUUAAACGGACAAACAGCCGCUCAACAACACGCAAUAGAAACUGGGCAUAUGAAUUUCGGAGAAGUAGCGGCAUAGCAAAAUAAAUCUGUCCUUUGCCAAUUAUCAUUUACUUUAGACCAGAUAACUGAUUGAGAAUCCUAUUAAAUCCGAGUCUCGUGCAGAAUUUUCUUCUAAAACGAGGCUUGCAAGGAAACUGGCUAUUUGAUACAAAUGUUAUUGUUAACAGUAAAUAAGUAGUGCACUAUGAGGAUUGUUUAGACAAUUAAUCCACACAGGUUUUUAAUUUUGACUAAAGAUUUAGGAUUCUUUGAUUAAAUUUUUCUUCAGACAAUUACGAGUGUAUUGUUAAUGCAUACAUUUGAAUCCAGAAGUCCACAAAAUUACUUUUUAUAUAUAUGUUAAAGAUUUUCUAAGAAUUCUUGUUAUAUAAUUGAUCACGGUUUAUAUGAUUAUGUUGAUUAUAGGUUGAUUAGGUUUAUAACCAGUUCGUAAGUUAUGCCCUCUUUAGCGAGAUUAAGAAUCUGUGAUACUUGGUUGAAUUUGCCUAAACGGAAUUCAUAGCCAUGACUGGCAGAGAAUGUGUUCCAUGCCAUAUAUAAGUAAAUCUUAAGAGAAAGAUGCGUAUCGCGAAGCGAAAUCAGGUUUAAUUAGUUUCGCUUUUAACGAGCAAAUCGAUUUAGCACUGUUAAUAGUAAAUUUUAUAUCGAUAAACGACUGUUCAUAAAGGAGAAGAUAGAACAAAAAAAGAUGAAUUACUAGUAAUACAAGUAACAUAACACUUUUAUCAAUAAAAUCAUGUUACUCAUUGAAUAUUGCAGAGUGUUGUCUUAAAAGUUUGAUCUCUAUGCUAUGAUAGUUUAAUUUAUGGUCCAAAUAUGUAUAUGAUAGAAAUUAAACGGUAAAAGUGUAUAAUUAAAUAAAAAUUAACAACUAAACCUUUAUUAUAUACAUAUGUAACAUUAGGAUAUCGUAAUUAUUUUGUUAUCGAGAUUUUUACUUGAUUCAACAAGCACUAGAUACAUAUAAGAGUUCCAGAUGAAGGAACGAUCAACAAGAUUUUUGUAAUAAAGAAUAAUAUUUAUUAGAAGUACAUCAAUCUAAUGGAAGUCUUUUUUAUGUGCAAAGAUGUAGCUGAUAGCGUCAUCGUAAUCCACACAAAGAAUAAGAAACAGUGCAAUUGUUGGUAAGGAAAAUCAUUGCGAAUUUAUUAGAUCUGAGUAAAGGGAUUUGCAAUUGUUCGUUACUCAGGAACUACUAAUAAUAGAGAUUUACAUACUUAUAUUUGUAUGGCAGUAUAGUGCAUUUUGUAAGCUCCAGCCUUUCGACAAAGCGAAAUAAACAAGCUAUUUACAUUA